GAGUGGGAGAGAGAAGGAAAAGACUUUAAAUACAUAUCCUUUCACUUUCAUUUUCCACUGAGACUAGCGAUUUCUGAAAGAAAAAAUAUUCGAAAACCAGAACCAAUGGCAGAAUCCAAAAAUUGCGACGGUGAAGAGAGCGUAACGCUAGAUCUUCUCAAGAAGAAAAUGGAUGAUUUUGCAAAAGCAAGAGACUGGGAACAAUACCACAGCCCAAGAAAUCUACUUCUCGCUCUGGUGGGAGAAGUGGGAGAGCUGUCGGAAAUAUUUCAAUGGAAAGGGGAGGUGCCAAAAGGGCUUCCUGGGUGGAAAGAGGAAGAGAGAACUCACGUCGGAGAAGAGCUAUCAGACGUCUUGCUUUACCUGGUACGGCUGUCGGAUAUGUGUGGGAUUGAUCUUGGUAAAGCUGCGCUCCGCAAAAUGGAGCUCAAUGCACUCAAAUAUCCGGCGCCUAUGAAGAACGAUGACCAUGGGAAUCAGUAGUAAUUCUGAUACUCUGUUUUGGUUUAACUCUUUUGUAUUUGUGGGUCUCGAAUUCGAUCGUUACCACUUUUUUAAUUGAUUGAACUGCUGCUGCUGCUUCUUGUUGUUUAA